AUGCCUUUUAAUGACUCCCUGCCGGCAAGCCCAGAGACCUCUACAGAGUGGAGUCCGUUUCAGGGUCCUCUGAAGUCCAUCGAGCCCUGGAACUUCCAACUUUUGACGGCACUCAUGUUACUGAUCACCAUCUUGUCCAUUGUGGAGAACUUCAUUGUCAUAGUUGUCACCUUCAAGUUUAAACAGCUGAGGCAGCCUUUAAACUAUAUCAUUGUGAACUUGUCCGUGGCGGACUUCUUGGUGUCCAUUGUUGGCGGCAGCAUCAGCAUCGCCACCAACAGUAAAGGCUACUUUUACUUGGGACCCUGGGCUUGUGUUGUUGAAGGGUUUGCGGUGACUUUUUUCGGCAUCGUGGCUCUGUGGUCUCUGUCUAUUCUGGCAUUCGAGAGGUACGUGGUGAUUUGCAGACCGCUGGGAAAUCUCCGUCUUCGGGGGAAACAUUCCGCUAUCGGUAUUCUGUUUGUCUGGGUUUUCUCUUUUAUAUGGACGAUCCCUCCUACUAUGGGAUGGAGCAGCUACACGACAAGUAAGAUUGGAACCACGUGUGAACCGAACUGGUAUUCAGGAAGAUUGAGAGACCAAACCUACAUCAUUACCUUCCUUACAACGUGUUUUGUGCUACCUCUGAUGCUCAUAUUUGUGUCCUAUGGAAAACUAAUGAGGAAGCUGAGGAAGGUAUCGGACACUCAAGGCAGACUGGGUUCUACCAGAAAACCAGAGAAAGAAGUCACUCGAAUGGUAAUAAUAAUGAUCCUGGCCUUCCUCAUCUGCUGGUCACCGUACGCUGCAUUUUCUAUUCUCGUCACAGCGCACCCAACGAUAGAGCUGGACCCAAGACUAUCUUCAAUCCCAGCAUUCUUUGCAAAAACAGCUUCCAUGUACAACCCCGUUAUUUAUGUAUUCAUGAACAAACAGUUCAGAAGAUGUCUGCUUCAGAUGUUCCACUGCCAUGAUCUGGAAGCUAGAGAGUCCAAUAAUCCAACCUCAGAGAGAGCAGCGCUGAAUCGCAAUGGUGGAGAAAUGCAGACCCUAGCAGCACACAUAACAUCUAACAGGAAGACUGAAGAGGAACAGAGCAGCUGCAACUCUUUUGCUCAGCUGUCCAUAUCAGAAAACAAAGUACGCCCAAUGUAA